CCCCGCCCCGCCGCGCCCUCCGCCGCACUUGUCCCACCGCGCGCCUCCUAGAGCGCCGCGCACCCCUGGGAUCCUGGUGCGCCCCGGGUGCCCAGCGUAACCCCAGACCCUCACGAACUCCGGGAUCUCGGUACCGCCUCCCCUCCAGAAACCCCGCGUACCCCCUCCCCCGAGCCCUAGCGCGGCGCCCCCGGCACCCUCACGCGCCCCCGGGAUCCCCGCGCGCUCGCAGAAUCCCCGGGCUCGGCCAACCGGGCUGCGCGCCCUGGAGAGGGGCCCCGCCCCGCCCCGAGGGUCCCCCUCUUCCAACAGACGGAGCCCCGCCCCAGAGGGACCCCCAGGUCCGAAAGGGACAGCCAACCACGCCCCAGCAGGGCUCCCAGCAUCUCGCAGCUGGAGCCUCGCGCUCCAGAGGACCCUCGGUGCCCAGCUGGGGGCUCCCCGCCCUACUGAGGGGACGCCGCCCGGGAGAGUCCCCCCGCGCCCCGCGGGCCCCUUGCAGGAUGCACGCCGCCCUGGCGGGGCCGCUGCUCGCUGCCCUCCUCGCCACCGCCCGCGCCCGCCCGCAGCCCCCAGACGGAGGACAGUGCCGGCCGCCCGGAUCGCAGAGGGAACUGAACUCCUUCCUGUGGACUAUUCGGCGCCAUCCUCCAGCCUACCUGUUUGGCACCAUUCACGUCCCCUACACCCGAGUCUGGGACUUCAUCCCGGACAAUUCCAAGGCAGCGUUCCAGGCCAGUGCCCGUGUCUACUUUGAGCUGGACCUGACUGACCCCUAUACCAUCUCGGCUCUGGCCAGCUGCCAGUUGCUGCCACACGGGGAGAACCUGCAGGAUGUCCUGCCUCAUGAACUCUACUGGCGCCUGAAACGCCACCUGGACUAUGUGAAGCUGAUGAUGCCCUCAUGGAUGACACCUGCACAACGCGGCAAGGGUCUGUACGCCGACUACCUGUUCAAUGCCAUUGCGGGCAACUGGGAGCGCAAGAGGCCAGUGUGGGUGAUGCUCAUGGUGAACUCGCUCACGGAGACUGACGUGCGCUCUCGUGGGGUGCCCGUGCUGGACCUCUACUUGGCCCAGCAGGCUGAGAAGAUGAAGAAGAGUACAGGGGCCGUGGAGCAGGUAGAGGAGCAAUGCCAUCCACUCAACGGGCUCAACUUCUCCCAGGUGUUGUUUGCCCUGAACCAGACCCUGCUGCAGCAUGAGAGUGUGCGGGCAGGAAGCCUGCAGGCCCCCUACACCACAGAGGACCUCAUCAAGCACUACAACUGCGGGGACCUCAAUGCUGUCAUCUUCAAUCAUGACACGUCCCAGCUACCCAACUUUAUCAACACCACCCUCCCACCGCACGAACAGGUAACAGCCCAGGAGAUUGACAGCUAUUUCCGCCAGGAGCUCAUCUACAAGAGGAACGAGCGCAUGGGGCGGAGGGUCAUGGCGCUGCUUCAGGAGAACGAGGACAAGACUUGCUUCUUUGCCUUCGGAGCAGGUCACUUUCUUGGAAACAACACAGUUAUUGAUGUCCUUCGGCAGGCAGGGCUAGAAGUGGACCACACACCUGCCGGGCAAGCCAUCCACAGCCCUGCUGCCGGAAGCCCAGCACCGCUUCCUGAGGGGACCUCUACCAGCCCAGCCCCAGCCACCCUAGCCGCCAUCCCCACAGCCCCAUCCGUGACCCCCACGGCCCCACCUGAGGAGGAGGACCCAGCGCUCUCCCCACACCUCCUGCUCCCAGACAGCCUCAGCCAGCUGGAGGAGUUUGGACGGCAGAAGAAAUGGCAUAAGAGGCAGAACAAGCACCAGCGGCCACGGCAGUUCAAUGACCUCUGGGUCCGCAUCGAGGACAGCACCACCAUCUCACCACCUCCACUGCCUCUCCAGCCCACUCCCAGCUCUGAAACUGCCAAGCCCCUCUUCCAGUUCUCAGACCAGCUCCAGAAGCAGGACUCUUUGGGGCCUGCCAGCAACUCAGCACCUACCCUGGGCCUCCUCUCUGCAAUCACCGUAACUAUUGCUGCCCCCUUCCUGUUGCAUACCCUCGGGCCCUCCUGACCUCGGCCACCACUUCAGAGGAGCCAGAGAAACCACAGUGGGUCUGCAGCCACAUCUAUUGCCCCUGCUGCCACCUUUGGGGGGUACCUGACACCUCGAGGCAGUCCACACAGGACCGCUAGUACACUAGAGCUUUAUUGUAUCCAAAUUACAUCUUCUUUUUUGUAGAAGGUCUUAAUUUCCCAUAGUGCUAUGGGGCUCUUUUGUAAAAUAUGUGUCCAUAUUAAAAAAGAACAAUGUAUUUAUUCUACUGAUAAAACUAUUUUUAUGUGACCUAUGUUGUAAUCCCUGAAUUAGCCCCAAUGCCAACCUAGGAGGGAAUCUUAGGUUGCCAAGACAUCUGUGACCUCUGACCCAUGAUCAUGGCUUUAUACUGUCUUGCUUAUGGAUCCUGGGAAUGUCCCAGGUUGGAAUUGGCUUCUCCCACUGUGGGGAUCUCAGAGGGCCAGCUUAGCUUUUGUGAAGCUGUAUUUGAAGGCUCAAGGAAGGCAUGGAUGCUGACCAUCCUCCCCUCCCCAGAUAUAUCUGGGGUCCAGGAAGAUGCUUUAGGAAAGAGAAUGCUGCUACUUUGAAACCUUGAGUGUCUGUAGACUGGCCCUCCGGAUCUCUGAGUGAGUCUUACAGCCAAAUUGGGGGCUGAGGAUGAGGGAUGCUAGAGCUGAGGAAAGAGACCCCAGUCGUAUGGACAGAUGGUUACACUGAGAUCCAAAGAGAGCAAGAAAGACUGCUCAAGUCACAAAGCAUGUGGGAGAGUGAGCCUAGGCGCCUCUGUUCCUGUCACUGCCACUGGCCCAGCUUGGGUUUAAGAGGGACUGUUAAAGUCAUAGCUGAGUGAAGCAAGCUGGACCAAAGGACAAGGAUGGGCACAGAGGCAACUUUAGGGACAGGACUGUUAGGAGUCACCUUUUGUGGUAAAAAUGGGAACAAUAGCCAUUUGUCCAAAGUCAGCAGUGUAGCAGGUAUUUCAUGCACCUCCUCCAUCACAGAUUCUCACACAAGUGCUGUGAGUUAGAAUAGUCCCUGUUUCACAGUGUGACAUGAAAAGUGAUAUUUGUCCUGUGGUCUGUGUUCUGCCGUGUUCUCUGUGCCCCGAGGAAGCUCUAAGGGAGGCGGCUCUCAUCCAGACUGGUAUCUGGGCUUUCCCUGCCAACUACAGAGACUAUAUGACCAACUACUCUUCCUCUUGGUCCCCGUGGCCAAGAGCUCUGGCAACAGCAUGUGUUAUUUGUCUCUGCCCACAACUUGUCACAUCUUAGAGCCUAAUGGGAGCCUUCACUAUUAAAUCAGAGGCUAGGGGUAGAAACAUAGCUAUUGAGCCUCCAGGAGAUAGAGCAACCAGAGGGGGCAGGUAGGCAGGUGAGAUUCAGAGGUGUAUCUAGCUGGUAGCUGAGGAGAUAGAGGACCCAGGAGGGCCCCAGUGCCAUUAAGCCUACCUUGAAGCACCUGCUUCCUUUUUGAGAUGGUAGAAUUUUGAGAUGUUCAUUGGAUGGUCCAGAAGUUCCCAUGGGCAUUCUGGCAGACAACUGAAUUCUUUCCAGCUCAGCCUCAAGGAACAGGUUUGAGCCUGAGACCUGGCAAGAGGCUAGAGCUCUGCUGGAGAGGGUCUAGUCAGCCCCAUGGGCACCGUACGCUAAACUGAACUUGACCUCAGCCAGGCCUGGAGUCAGUUUAUUCUUGGGAGGAAAAAAAAAUAUGUGACUUCCUAUUUCUGAACGGGAAAGGGCUUAGCUGACUUAUAAAGCAGGCUCAGAAGUUGGACAUCAAACAGAUCGUGCAGAGCACUAUUGGGAUGAGAUAAGUGUAAAGGAAUUAGAAACACACAGGCCAGAUUCCCCCUUGGUUUGGGGCAGUGCAUGGCAUGAGAUGUAUGAAGAUCUAGCUUGAGGUUAAUUAAAGAUGAAGCAUUUAGGGAAACAGUCCAAGCACCUGACCAUGUGCCCAGAUCUGUGCCAGGCACGAGGCCAAAAGUAUAAAUUAAUGCAGCAUGUAAUUACUUUGCAUACACUGUGCCAGGCUUACUGCACAUGGGCUGGAGAAACUAUCAAGGUGGCACAAACAGCCCUGUCCUAGUUUAUAUGUGUCCUGGCCUCUGACUGCUCAGUUCAGACUGCUCAUUUUUCCAGAUCUGUCCUCUAGAAAGAUUUAGAGAUGGAAAGUCCAAGUUUCUUCCUCUAAUCCCAGUAACUCAAGAGGCUGAGGCAGGAGGCUUACAAGGCCCAGACCAUCCUGGGCUACUAAUGAGACCCUGUAUCAAAAAAGAAAGGAAAGAAAAGAGUGACAGACCAACAGAUUGGGUGGACGUGUAGAGAAGGGAGUCGGAGCCAAUGUGGGUCAGCCAUCUGGAGCCGUAGUUCACUGGUCCCUGAGGACCACUAGCUGCCCAGUAUUUGAGAUGGAUUCAACUUAACAUCCCAGGAGAUCUGAGGCAUAUAAAUAGGAAUCUGCGUGACGAGGGUGCUUGAAUUUCUCAUUCUGUGCCAGAGAACUACCAUUCCACAAGCAGCCACUCGACCUUUGGAAUGUUCUUGUGCCUACCAUUCCUUGGAGAGCUUUGUCGGUACUUUCUUAGAACAUCCAUGUUUGACUUGAACCAGGCAGGAAAGAUGGAAGGCUCAAGGCCCAGCAGAUGAAAUGACCUGCCUAAAGGUAGGCAACAUGCUAAUGGUAGCUUCAGAACCCCCGUCUCUCUCAGGAAAGCUCAUAGUAUGCUUGAAGUCCUUUCUGGAACAAAUCAUAAUGGCCAUGGCUCCUCCAGUGGCUGGCCUGCUGUACAAGCAAUCAAGUGAAGGUAGGGUGGUACCCCCAAUCCCAAGGUCAAAGACCUACAAUCUACACUGCAUGGAACCCUGGGCUGGCUGGACGCACCUGCCCUUACACUCAGUUUGUCACCUAUGAAUUCCUUGCCUCAUCUAGACUAGAGCAACUCUAGGCAUUCACACCGCUUGUCCUACCUGCCCAGACUCCAGCCCAAUGGUCAUUGUCAUGACAAGUCCAAUAAUGAGGUGGGAGGGGACUCCUUCUUCUAAAAGGAAAGCCUAUUUCUAAAAGAUUAGUUCUGCUAGGCAUUUGUAAGCUUUGAUGGUCUCUUGUAUACAGGAAUGGAAUUGAAGUGGGGAUAGUACUUCUGUGAGAUAAGACCAGAGCCCUUCUUCUGCCAUUCUAAACCCUCCGUGAUUCCACCCAGCUAACCCUGCCAGACACAUCUCGUCUCUCCCACUCUGAGCCUGGCUGAAGGGAAUUGUAAUUUCUAGAAUAGAAGGAAUGUUUUACACCUAUUGCUUCCUAGACCUGAAUCUCCCUUCUCUUUCCCUAACAACUCAGACGUGGGCAUCUUCUCCAGAAAGCCCCCUAAGCUUUUUGUGCUUUCUCUGAAUCGGUCACCAUAUUCACUGGCAGUGCUGUCAUUGUGAAUCUUCUCCCCUAUGGAUCUAUGAGUGACUGGAUGGUGGGGAUCUUGUGAGUGGCCUUUGUAUCCUCAUCUGACACAAAGGUACUGCUCAAUCGAUGUCUAGAGAGGGAAAGGAAGAGGGAAGGAAGCAGAGAGAGGAAGGAACUAAGGAAUGGAAGUUUAAAGAACUGGAGAUAAAAAGAAAAAACCAUAGUUCUGUAAUAGAAUAACUUCCACCAAGCUGAGCUGGUGCCCUGGGGCCAGGUCAGUGGAGGUGUCUGGCAGGGCCAAGAGGCCCACUAGCUAGAGAUUUGGUAGCCAGCUGGAAUGUUGGCAAGGGACUGAUGUAAAUGACUGAAGUGCCUCGUGGCUCUGUACAGCUCAGGUUCUUUGAACAUUGUUAUUGGUUUGUUUUAUUUUUUCAAAUGUUCAUUUAAGCAGCCAAAAGUAUCGCCCCAGAUGGCUGUCUAAACCAGUAGGGUUUGGGAAGCCAUCCAGCCUCCCCUCACCCCUCUCUUCCACAUUCUUCAACAGCCCAGCCUGGCUUGCUAUGAACCAGCCAGGGCUGCCUACCGCCCUUGUGCAGGAUGACCUUGGGAGGCAGGGAGGGCUGGACUAGAACCCAGGCCUCAGCCCCAGUCCUAGCCCAAAGCUGCUUUCUCUCUCUGCCCUCUAAACACAGAAAGAAGAAAAAGAGAGAACUGGAUCCCUUCCUGUUUUUUUUCCAGACAGUUUCUUCCACCCCCUUCUACAAGGAUUAUUUCUCUCUGGAGAUACUCCGGAUACGGUUUUGCUUUGCUAGGUGACCUUGAGCGAGUCCCUGCCACUUUCUGAGCUUCCAUUUCCUUACCUGCCACAUGGAGACGCUCUUUCUUGGGACUGUGGGUGGAGGCCAAAUCUCAAGGCUCCACGAAGGUGAAGGUCCAUCCCAUCUCAGGCUCAGGGCUUACUUUUCCUUCCAGGACUCCAGGCUGCCAUGGGCUGGGAAUAGGUGACAGGAAGAAAAGGUGGGAGACCAGCAUGCCUUGGGGGAAUCCCUUCCAUCCCCAAGUUGUGCUUUAGGAAAAUUGGUUUCGAAUAGGAUCCAACUCUAAGAUGCCUUUCUUGAGCUUCCAGAGAUAAGUGCUACUCAGACUUCUUGGGUCCCUAAUGACUGAGGUGGUCAAAGAAGGAUUCAGCCCAAAGUAGCCCAGGCCACUGCCCCUACCUGAGCUUCACAGGGAUUGCAGAUGGCUCAGCUCCCCUACUGUACACACAUGCUUCAACUCUCACUGUACUUGGAAGGUUCUCAUGGUAUUGUUCUUAAUCACGAUUUCCCUCACCGCUGUGAAUUGUCAUGAAGAGUUCUUUUAAGAGUAUAAUAGAAGACAAAGAAAGAUGCUAUUAAUGUUAUUUUGCCAAAAAUAUUUUUGUAGCAUAAUAUAUUAAUAAAACACAUAAUGAACUGGA